AUGCUUUUUGCAUUAACUAUGCUCACGACGUCGUCCAUUCGUCGACCAUUAGUUCGGUAUGGUCCAACCCUCAAGGGUCUACCAUAUUUCAAGACUCCUGAAGAAACCAAAGAAUAUCUCAGGCAACACCCAUGGAUUGGUAAACCGAUGUAUUCUUUCAUGAACGCAGAAGAACAAGACGAUUCAGAUAACCUACUUUAUGCACCUUAUUGGGCCCAUCCUGGAUGGCUGGCCAAACAUCCUUAUUUCAAGAACGCAGAAGAACAAGACGAUUCAGAUAACCUACUUUAUGCACCUUAUUGGGCCCAUCAUGGAUGGCUGGCCAAACAUCCUUAUUUCAAGAACGCAGAAGAACAAGACGAUUCAGAUAACUUCAACCCAUUAGUUACCCAAAUCUUAAUAGAACUUGCAAAGCAAAAAGUCCAACGUCUUUUCAGACAAGAAGCAGAGUCAAAUUACCAACCACUUUUAAUUCCAGGAAUUCCAAGUUUCAUAGCAGAAAAGAGAGCUCGUGAAUUUUUAAAAAAGCUUCAAAGAGAAAAACCUGCUUAUUUCAAGAAAUAA